ACGAUAAACAUAAACGUCAUAACACCACCAUCUGUGCAAAUACGUUUUGCGUUGUUAUUUUUUACAUAUUUCUUCCAAAAAACAUCUGAUAACGUUAAAAAUGACGAAACUAGCGGACAACGUGAACCCCAACAUAUACGACAAAGGUUCUGAACGCGAAAUAACCGCUGCAGAUUACGACGAAGAUAUCGAAGAUUUGAUCGACGAGCGAGAAAUUUUCGAUUUGAUCAGAAAUAUUAAUGAUCCUGAACAUCCUUUGACUUUAGAAGAGCUCCGUGUGGUAGAAGAGAGUGGUAUUAGAGUGGAUAAUAAGGAGAAUACUGUUUUUGUUAACUUUACGCCGACUAUUCCUCAUUGCAGCAUGGCUACCUUGAUAGGCCUAUCAAUCCGAGUCCGCCUCCUCCGAGCUUUACCCAGCCGUUUCAAAGUGAGCGUGGAAGUCUCCGAGGGCUCGCAUGUAUCUGAGCAUGCGGUGAACAAGCAACUAGCUGACAAGGAGAGGAUAGCGGCCGCGCUCGAGAAUAAGAACUUAGUGCAAAUCAUUAAUCAGUGUAUUGCUGUAGUUUAAUACAUAGAUAUACCUAAAGAUUCUUUAUAAUCAUCAUGUGCCGAGCCUUUUCCCAACUAUGUUGUGGUCAGCUUCCAGUCUAACCGAAUGCAGCUGAGUAGGUACCAGUGUGCCUCAAGUAGCAAGUGUCUAUCUGACCUCCUCAACUCACUUACUCGGGCAACCUGAUACUCCUUGGUAAAACUGGUUGUCAGACUUUCUGACUUCUGACUACCCGUAAAUACUGCCAACGAUGUUCAAUGACAGCAGAUUUAUGUAACUCUUUCAAACAAUCCCUCAGCCCAAUGUUUGUAAUUUUUUCACACAAAAACUACUCGAAGGAGUUUAAUAAAACUUGACAAUAAUAUAGCUUAUAUAUCACACUAACAUAUAGCCAUUUUUCACCCAUGUGUGGGCAGUAGGUUCCUCAUUAUCUAGUAGUGUGUAACUGUAUGAGCGACAGUGUCGGAGGCUCGCACGUGUCUGAGCACGCGGUGAACAAGCAGCUAGCUGACAAGGAGCGGAUAGCGGCUGCGCUCGAGAACAAGAAUCUAGUGCAGAUCAUUAAUCAGUGUAUUGCUGUAGUUUAAUACAUAGAUAUAGACUAGACUAUAAACAAGCGGUUUUCAGCAGCGUCCCAUAGGAACUUCUUACUGCCCAUAAGUAUAGAUUUCACCCCCAGAUAAAAUAAAGCCCAAAUUACUGGGAAAUCAGACGUCAAUCAGAAUGAGUGUCAGACUCUUACUGACUAAAACCCACCAUGUACCAGCUUCCACGUUCUUACGUACCAGGACAGCGUUAACUCUUUCAAACAAUCCCAUAGCCCGAUAUUUCUUACUCUUACAUGCAAAAUCCACUGAACGGAUUCUAAUAAAACUUGAUAGUAACAUAGCCAUAUAUCACACUAACAUAUGGCAACUAUGUCAUGUUAGUAGGUGUGUUACCUACUAACAUGACAUAGCAAUACCUGCAACUUAAGAAUGGCUGAACCUGAACUGAAAAUUACUGGGAUAGGUAGCUUAUAUAACACACUAACAUAUAGCCACUUUCUACCCAUGUGCGGCAAGUAGGACCCUCAUUAACUAGUAGUGUAUAACUGUGUGAGCGGCGAAGGCUCGCACGUGUCUGAGCACGCGGUGAACAAACAGCUAGCUGACAAGGAGCGGAUAGCGGCCGCGCUCGAGAAUAAGAAUCUAGUGCAGAUCAUUAAUCAGUGUAUUGCUGUAGUUUAGUGAGGGUAGUUUUAAGUAAUCGAAUGUAGUUUUGGAAAGAGCACAUUUAUUUCGCCAAGACAGAAGUCCAAUAUUCAAUCAGUUUUCAUCCCUAGUUAACAUGAUUCUUAAGGAAGGCUUUAGUGUAUAAUUUAUUAGCUUUUGUAACUAUUUCUGAGUACAUUAAUAGUACCUAUUUAUAUCUCAAUUUCAAAAAUCUCAGCAUACAAAGUUGCAAGUGUCUGCUUUUUAUUUUUAAUUCAUUACGGUCUAUCAAUCCGUAAACAUAGUGUAAAAAAAUCCUAUGUAUCAGAUUUAUUUGCAAGU